CCGCCGCCGUCUGAUGAGCCCCGCCGAGCCCCGCCGCCAUGUACCUCGACCCGGAGGCUGCGAGCGCAGGGGCCCCCUCCCGCGAUGUCGUCCUUGUCUCGGCCAUCAUCACCAUCAGCCUUAGCGUCACCAUCAUCCUGUGUGGCAUCUGCCAGUGGUGCCAGCGCAGACUGGGAAAACGGUACAAGACAUCCCUGGAGACUGUGGGCACACCAGAUUCCAGCCGAGGCCGCAGUGAGAAGAAAACCAUCAACGAUCUAGACAGAGACUUUUGGAAUAACAAUGACAACACAGUGCAGCAGAAAUGGAGCUCGUACCCUCCCAAGGAGUUUAUUCUAAACAUUUCACCUUACGCCCCAUACGGUGACCCGCGCCUUUCCCUCAAUGGCUCUCUGUUAUCAGGGGCUAAGCUGACGGCAUCGGCCACCGCAGGCUUGGCCGGGGACCGCGACGGCCGCCCCGGGGACAAGCAGCAGUGCGCCGAGGACGGCAUGAGGAGCAGCAUCUCUGCGCACAGCGAGCCCGGCACAGGGAAGGCAGCGAGGGGCCGCUGGCACACGGUGCAGAGCCACUUGGCCGCAGGGAAGCUCAGCCUGUCCAAUUUCGAGGACUCCACCCUGUCCACAGCCACUACCCUUGAGUAUAUCCCCACCUCAGCAGGCGACCCUAAAUGCCAGAGGCCCCGCACGCUCAUGCGCCAGCAAAGCCUGCAGCAGCCCCUCAGCCAGCAUCAGCGCAGCAACCACAGCCAGCCGACCACCAGCCAGAGCCUGGGCCACCUCCAGGCCCACAGCAGCUCCUCCGGCAGCGCCAGCAACCCCCGGGGCUCCCGCGGUGGCCAAGUGCGCCAGGGCAUCGCUGCCAGCUCCAAGCAGCGCACGAGCCGCUCCAACCCCGGCAGCUGGGACCACGUGGUGGGGCAAAUACGCAACCGUGGCUUGGACAUGAAGUCCUUCCUGGAAGGCCGGAUGGUGGUGUUAUCCCUGGUUUUGGGACUCUCAGAGCAAGAUGACUUUGCCAAUAUCCCCGACCUGCAACCCGCUGGGACGCAGCCGAACCAGCCGAACGCUCAGGGGGACAAGAGGUUGCCAGCUGGUGGCAAGGCAGUGAACACAGCACCUGUGCCCGGGCAGACACAGCAGGAUGAGUCUGAUCGCAAGACGGAGCCACGAUCCUCUGUCUCCGACCUGGUGAACUCCCUGACCAGUGAGAUGCUUAUGCUUUCGCCAGGCUCCGAGGAUGAUGAAGGCCAUGAUGGCUCCAACCGGGAGAACCUGGGCCGCAUCCAAUUCAGCGUGGGCUACAACUUCCAGGAGUCCACCCUGACCGUCAAGAUCAUGAAGGCACAGGAGCUGCCAGCCAAGGACUUCAGCGGCACCAGUGACCCCUUUGUCAAGAUCUACCUGCUACCUGACAAGAAGCACAAGCUGGAGACCAAGGUGAAGCGGAAGAACCUCAACCCACACUGGAACGAGACUUUCCUCUUUGAAGGGUUCCCCUACGAGAAGGUGGUGCAGCGGGUGCUGUACCUUCAGGUCCUGGACUAUGACCGCUUCAGCCGUAACGACCCCAUUGGGGAGGUGUCCAUCCCCCUCAACAAGGUGGACCUCACCCAGAUGCAGACCUUCUGGAAGGACCUGAAGCCCUGCAGCGACGGCAGCGGCAGCCGAGGAGAACUCCUGCUGUCACUGUGCUACAACCCCUCCGCCAAUUCCAUCGUGGUGAACAUCAUCAAGGCACGGAAUCUCAAAGCCAUGGACAUCGGGGGCACAUCAGACCCCUACGUGAAGGUGUGGUUGAUGUACAAGGACAAGCGUGUGGAGAAGAAGAAGACAGUGGUGAUGAAGAGGUGCUUGAACCCUGUCUUCAACGAGUCCUUCUCCUUUGACAUCCCCACGGAGCGACUGCGUGAGACCACCAUUGUCAUCACCGUCAUGGACAAGGACAGGCUGAGCCGCAACGACGUCAUUGGCAAGAUCUACCUGUCCUGGAAGAGUGGCCCUGGCGAGGUGAAGCACUGGAAGGACAUGAUUGCGCGGCCCCGGCAGGCGGUGGCGCAGUGGCACCAGCUGAAAGCCUGAGCCUCCAGUGUUGGGGACGGCACUGGGGACUGCGCUGGGGACAUCCCUGUCCUCGUGUCCCCACUGCAAGUCAAGACUUGUGCGAGUGCUUCCAGCCACAGUCCCCAGAGCCCUCACCCCAGUGUCACCCCACAUUUUGGGAGGCUGCUGGUGUAAGGGCGGGAGGGUCCAAGCCAAGCUCCCCUCCCUUCCCACUCAACACAACCUCUCCUAGCCGCCAGUGUCACCCUAGCGGGAUGAUGUCCCCGCAUCCUGCCCCGUCCCCACCCCGGGGACACCCAAGGGAUUGGAAGCCAUGCCGCGGUUCGUUUGCCAAAGCAGGAGCAUUCAUCACUGCCUCUGGUGGGGUUUGCUGCUUUACCUCCCUCCUGGCUUAUCCCCUGCCCCCUCGCACUGUGCUAUCAAGUUGUCACCCCUGGUAGGAGCACCUGGCACAGUGUCCCCUCCUGGGCUGACAUGCACCACCUUCCUUGUGGGCACUGCAUGAGGAUGGAGCAGUGCCACCAUCGCCAUCCCUGUUGUCAUUGUCCCCACUGGUGGCUUUGGGGGCUAGCAUCCGGCCGGCACAGUGGCAGCAGUGUCCCUAAGCUCCCUCGGCACCGUGACGGGCAUCCCCGAUGCCAGGUACCGAUGGUGUGGGUGCUACAGGAGCGCAGAUGACACUGCUUGGCACCCCUCCAAGGGCUCCCUGCUCUGCUGGGUGUCAGGGAUAAGGCGGUCUGCAGGUGUCCCCAGAGUCCCGUGGGUACAUCACAACGUUCUCUGGCAGGACACAGGCCACCCCUGCCCGCCUGGGGACACCAUGGGGACUCUGCACCCCAGUCUUCCUGCUGCCACGUGGCACAUGUCCCCUUGGUCGGGACAUCCCCAGGAUGGGACAUCCUCAAGGUUGGGACGUUCCUGUAAGCAUCAGUGGCUGUGCCCCAGCUGCUGGGGAACCCCGUGCCAAACCCAAGGAGCAGCCAUCACAGGGGUGCUGCCUUUCCAAGUGGCCCUGGGUCACAGUGGCACUGUCCCUGUCCCACCACCAGUGAGCCCACCGGAGAGCCCCCUCAGACCACUAUGGACAAUCUGGAGCGAAGUCAUAAUUCUGCUACGACAGUAAUAAUAAUAAUAAUAAUAAUGACGACGACGAUGCUUUUAGGGACAUUUGUAUUUUUACCACAUCCUCUCUUUUUUUAACAUAACAGAGGAGAGCCAUGCGCCUGGGGAAGGGCCGCACAGAGCUGAGGGGUGAGGGGUCCCCAAAGAAGGGAGUGGGGCAGGGUGCCCACGUCCUCCCCCCGUCCCCCAUCACCUCGGGGCUGUGUGUUCAUUUUUAACUCUAGAGCUCUUAGCCGUGAUCUUGUUCAGGUCUCUCUCUUCUUCAUGUGACGGUAACAUCCAAAUGGUGUGUAAAAUACAGAGACAAAACAGAAACAAAACAAAUAC